AUGGCUGUUUUCAUCCGAAAUUGGAUGACCAAUCACUUCACUGGCCAAUCAGAAUCACCUCUAGGUCAUGUGUUAGUUCUGCGAAUGCUAGCACUAUACCUGAUUCGGACUAGUGCCUCACUAGGCAGAAUUCACCCUGUGGCCCCACACACAUUGAAAUAUGGUCAGGUGACUAUCUCUCAGGGCCACCUGAGGCACUUCCUAGCCCAGAGGGUCCAGCAGCUAGCCCUAGCCCUAUCUAAUGAUCUGUUUUUGGAAUUCAGCGAUUUUCGUGAGAUUCAGCACACACUAGAUCUUGAUAGGGCUGCCCAGCAUGAAGAUAUUAGUCAGCAGGCUAAUAGCUGGUCAUUUCUGCAGGCCUACCUAGAUCAGGGAGCACAUGACUAUCUACUCCAGAAGGUUCUCCCUGAUUCUGAUUGGUUCAUUCAGGUGGACGGCCCUAGUGGACCCACUCUGACGCUAGUUAGGGCUAGGGCUAAGGCCUUUCUAGAUUCUUCUAGUGCCUGGCUGAAGCAGCUACUAGCUCUCUGUCAUAUCACCAGUGGGGCCCCUGCUAGGGGUACUGAGAUCAAUCAGGUGAUCUGGCAGAAUACCCCUAUCAACCCUAGGAAUCUGUUUCUGGAUCCAGUGAGCAAGCUAUUCCUAAUUAGGCUAGCUUAUUCUAAAACAUUCAGUCAUACUGGCCAAGAGAAAGAGGCAGUUAGGGCUUUGCCCCAGUCCCUUUCCUAUUUAGUACUAGCCUAUCUUGCCUAUAUCCGACCAUUUGAAGAGGCCCUGCUUAUUAAGCUGAAUCAGAAGCUACCGGAGGCCCAUUUUCUUCUAUUCUAUGAUCACCGGACCUGCAAACCCCUAUCUUCUAAGGUUCUAUCUAGAACCCUGAAGAAUAUGACAUCAGAGAGCCUAGCUCAACCAAUCAGCUUAUCUCCCUGGCGCCAUCUCAUGCAGGGUUUCAUUCGCCAUGGUCUAGGCCUUCAUGAUCCACUAGCCGAAUUAGGAAAUGAUGACCUAGAUGAUGAGGCCCUAGGGGCUGACCAGAUGCACCAUUCGAGGGAGACUGGCCUGAGAAUCUAUGGCAGAGUGAUUGCGAGCUUCCAGGGGGUUAGGGCUGACAUCCAGAUAGCCCUAGUUACCUUUAAUUAUUCACCUAAUUCACCUCAGCCUCAGCCUACUAGGGGUAUGGAAUUUCCUCUAGAUCAGCCAAUCAUUCAAUUCUAUUACCCUCAGAAGCCUAAGGCAUCACCUCCAGCUAGAAAGGUUUCUAUUGGCCAGUUCAAUGAAUUUAUCAGCCUUUAUGGAUUGCCUCAGGCUAGUGAUCAAGCCCUCAGGCAGCAAGAUCUAUAUCUAGAUCUAGAUCGAGAUCAGGGUCAGCUAGCUAGGCAGCUAGAUCCAUCAAGAUCAAAUCUAGCAUCUCACCAGCAGCUAGAUGAGGGUCUGCUAGAUCACAUGCUCAAAGAGUUUAUGCAAGAUGAUCAGGUGACCUUUAGAAGCCCUGAGCAGCGCCAGGCUUUUCAUCUUAUUAUGAAACAGGUGCCCUAUCUAUUUUUAGUGCUUCCUACUGCUGCUGGCAAAACCACACUAUUCCUUUUUGGGGCUAGUCUAGCCACUAGUCAGGUUACUAUAGUAAUAGUGCCAUUGAUUUCCCUAAAGCUAGACCUCUCUAGGAAAGCUGCUGCCUUAGGCCUUCAGCCUACUAUCUGGGAACCUGGUCAGGUCAUGCCGCUAGCCAGUUCUAGGGUGAUCUUAGUGCAAAUUGAACAUCUAGAUCACCCUAGGUUCAAUGAGCUAGCAGAUGAGCUGAUUACCCAAAAGAGACUAGCACGAAUUAUUUGGGAUGAAUGUCACCUGAUUCCACUUGCUAAAAGCUAUCGGCCAAUUGUGUUGCGUGCCUGGCAUGCCCUAGCCCUACCUGUGCCGAUGGUAUUCAGCUCAGCUACCUUGCCUCACCACCUCCAGGCUGAGCGAGUUGAUAUGAUGAAGCUAGGGUCCCUGCCUGAGGUUCCAAUAGUUAGGGCUGACCUAACCCUACCAAAUAUGGCAUAUAUGGUUGAGAAGGUCCCUGACCGCCUGCCUGAAUCAGAAUAUGCCCCCUAUCUCCGGCAUGCUCAGGCUAGUGCUCAGGCUAGUGCUCAGGCUAGUGCUCAGGCUAGUGCUCAGGCUAGUGCUAGUGCUAGGACUAGGGCUAAUGUGAUCAUCUUCUGCCGAACAAAGCGGCUAGUGGAUGCCUUAUCUGAUCAAAUGGAUCCUGAGGCAGCCAAAUUCCAUUCUGAUCUAUCUGACCAGGCUAAGCUAGAUCAGCUAGAUCGAUUUCAAUCUAGCAGAUAUAUCUUAGUGGCUACUGGGGCCAUUGGGGCAGGGUUUGAUUUCCAUGACAUUGACUUAGUCAUCCAUUUUCUGCCUGGUGAAUAUGAGAUGACGAGUUUUAUGCAAGAAUCUGGUCGCGCAGGCAGGUCACCUGACCAGCCUGGAUGGUCAUAUUGCCUAGUGAGGGCAUACCAGCUGCAGGCUAGGCCUAAUCAGAAAGGGAAAGCCCUAGAGCCAAAUCACCAAGACUAG